CGGUCGCAUGUAAAGUGAGAACGAAUAGUAAGUUUCAGUGUUCUUUGAAAACUGUCACAUAAUGGACGUUAAAAUCGCCUGUAAAAUUAUAUUUUUGAUGACGAUAUUUCUGUUGUCAGUGAUAAAGUCAACGAGUUCCAGUGAUAAUGAUAAAUUGAAUAUUGAUGUUCUUUAUGAGUCAAGAUGCCCUGAUUCGAAAAAUUUCAUGCAACGGCACUUAAAGCGAGUCUAUCCGAAAAUUAAAGAUAUGGUUAAUUUAAAUUAUGUGCCAUUUGGAAAGGCUUAUAGUUACAGUAAUAAUGGUGGAAUUAGAUUCCAUUGCCAGCAUGGACAACGAGAAUGUGACGGUAAUAUGUUUCAAUCUUGCGUUCUUGAUGUUAUCGGAAGUGACAACCAAGAUCUUCAGACUAAUUUUGUAGUUUGUGCGAUGGACUUUUCGAAAAAUCCCCAAAACUGCGCCAAAAAUAUUGGAAUCAACUUAAACAAGGUAGAUGAGUGCAUGGCGACUAACAAAGGUGUUCAAUUGCAAUUAAAAGCAGAAGAAGAUUCUACAAAAAUCAUUCGACGAUCGGGUUUUGUUCCAACGAUCGUCUACAAUGGAGUUUACAAUGGAAAUGACUUUUGGGAUUCUCUUGAUGACUUUGAUGCCAUCGUUAGCAACAAAUUGAGGUCACUUUGAAAGGAACUUAAUGUGCCAAUUGUCAUAUUUUAUAUGAAUUAGCGAUUAAUAAAAA